AUGAAACAGUGCGGUUGGGAGCAGAAUAUGGCAAAUACAUUUGUCACUGUACCUGAUGGGUAUUGUCUUCCUGAGCCCAUACAGUAUUAUGACGUUUUACCAGAGCACAUCAACUAUCAGCUGCAAGACACGGAUUUCCAGACUGCGCCUUACUGCCAGUACUCGGCAGUUCAAAUUCCUCCUCCGGUAUUACAGCCGCAGCCUCCUCAGUCCCCGUACAGCACAUACGGCCUGGACUCUCAGUACAGCGACGGGCAGUGCAUCAUCAGCAGCUGUGAAUUAAGCAAACCCCCUUUCACGGCUCCUCACGUUGAUGACGGGGGAUACCAAGGACUAAAACGGCCAAGAUUAAACCACUCUUCCUUGCGACUGAAGGGACAGGAGGAGCUGUGUGUUGUGUGCGGUGACAAGGCCUCAGGCUAUCACUACAACGCGCUCACCUGCGAAGGCUGCAAAGGCUUCUUUCGACGUAGCAUAACCAAAAACGCAGUCUAUCGAUGCAAGAAUGGUGGUCACUGUGAAAUGGACAUGUACAUGCGAAGGAAGUGUCAGGAAUGUCGCUUGAAGAAGUGUAAAGCUGUGGGAAUGCUAGCAGAAUGUUUGCUGACUGAAGUACAGUGCAAGUCAAAGCGACUCAGGAAGAAUUUCAAACAGAAGAGCAGUUUUCUUUGCAACAUAAAACUGGAAGAUGAGGGACUGAAUAGUAAGCAUGUAUCAUCUACAACAAGAUCUGGAAAAAUCCCAGAGAAGAUGGAACUUACUCCAGGGGAACAUCAGCUUCUUGACCACAUUGUAGCAGCACACCAAAAAUACACAAUUCCCCUUGAGGAAGCAAAGAAGUUUCUACAAGAAAGUGCAAGUCCUGAGGAAAGUUUUCUCCGUCUCUCUGAGACAGCAGUUGUCCAUGUACAAGUGUUAGUGGAUUUCACAAAAAGACUUCCAGGAUUUGAAAGUUUAGCUAGUGAAGAUCAGAUUGCGCUGCUAAAAGGGUCAACAGUUGAGGCAAUGUUUUUGCGUUCAGCCCAAAUAUAUAACCAAAGAAUCAGUGAAUGCCAACCAUCAACAAGUGAAAGUCACGUAAGACUUUCUGAUCAUGGGACAUGUUGUCACGUUCAAAACCUUGAUAAAAACAACAUUUACUCCAUGGAAGUGUCUCAUAACGAAGAGAGUCCAACUUCCACUACUACCACAGGUAUAACCGAGGAGUUCAUUACGGCACUGUUUUACUUCUACAGAAGCAUGGGGGAACUGAAAGUGACCGAGACCGAAUACGCCCUGCUUGUAGCAGCAACUGUGUUUUUUUCAG